CACACAAGCCACAGCGUCUCAUUCUUUUGACCGAAAAAUGUCGCCCCCGUAGAUACAGUCAAGAGUCUGUCCUGAAUCUAUCCUCUUCUUUCUCGUCUUCACACCGCUCUGCUUCGUGACCAAGUAACUUUCAAUCCUUCAACACUUUGUGAGGUCAUGAUGGCCUCCUCGAGCGACAUAUCACGUGGUACCACUAGGACUUCGGAAGGAGUUUCGGCGUCGACCAUGCGACCCCAGAGACGUUCCAGGGCCAAAGAUCCAGCCGAUCGGAAGAGGGCUGUCUAUGUCGAGGAGGCCUGUAUCUUCUGCAAAGGUCGCAAGAUCCGAUGUGAUGGAAAGCUGCCAUGUGGACCCUGCCAGCGAAGGUCCUUUGACUGCCGGUACACGAAGCCUCUACACGGCGACGGUCAUUUAGGGAGUAAUGCUCCAGCGAGUGUAUCAGGAAGUCCUUCUUCCAGAAAUUCCGACUCUGUUGGACUCUCAGAAUUGACGGAUAUCGUGGCCCGUCUGCAAAAGAAGAUUGCCAUCCUAGAACGGGGAAAUGCUACGUCUAGUAGUCGAGAUGAGGUUUCCGAGGAGCACGGAAUCGGUUCGAUAAGCAGCCAUGCUCUCCCUAACGAUGUGGUCGAGACACAGCAGCAAUGCAUGCAAGACUCUACUGCGCCAGGAUCAUCACCAGUCUUUGCAGGCCCAACCAGUGCAGAGUUCAGCUUCGGUGUCGCCAACAUCAUUCUAGAACAGGAAAAUGGUGCAAGCCCAGGCCAGUCCAAUCAAAACCCUGAGCUGGCAGCGGCCUUGAGUUCCCACGAGAGCGAAGAUCAAAAUGUACCCACGUCGCAGGGUCCCAUAUCUCCAGAUCAAGCGGCACUGCCAUUGCACGGUCUUCAGCUGCACGAUACCCUCCGGCUGAUUCAGCUGUAUCAUGAAACGCUUGGGAUUCUUCAUCCAAUCGUCGAGAUUGACGCGUUGAUUAGAACGGCCAACUCUGUCUUUUCAGUCCCCAACAGUAUCUCAGACUCCUUCAAUCAGCCUACCACCUUGCACCUUGCUCAACUGAAGAUGGUCCUGGCAAUUGCACUGCUGGGUGAAGGUGGAGGAUCGUGUCCACUGGCAAAGAUACUUCACGAAGACCUCAAGCCAGUCAUUUCAAGCCAGACAAUGGCACGGACAUUCACUUUGGAAGGCCAGGCUCUCCUUCUCCUCACAGCAUAUUUCCACGUAAACCAGGAUGACUCGAGACUGGCCUCACGCUACGUGGUGAUUGCCUCGAGGAUCAUGAUCGAAGCUGGACUCCACCUCAAGCACAUUCGCCGACGCCUUUUCCCACACGCGGCAGAACACUCGAGGCUUCUUGUUGUUCUGACCACUUGCAUGUACCUCGAUAGGCAACUCAACUUUAACGCGGGAUUGCCCCUGACUAUGAAGGAAGCAGACGUUGACAUUCCCGAGGGAGAAACGAUGCCGGCAUAUCUGGCGGCCAUGAGCUCGUACAUGCGCAUGGGUCCUCGAGCGUGGGCGUCCGUGACCGACGACCGUGGUCGACUCAAAUACCGAAUCAACAGUGAAGAUUUCGAAUUCAUCGACUUCCAAGUGCGCCGAUGGCAAGCCAAUUUGCCCGAAGACCUACGGAUGGAUAGCUCACUCGACAAUCACGAAUCCGAAACCGAGAUGGCCUUCAACAACAAGACCCUGGACAAAGGCACCCAGAACCUGCGAUUCAUUUUGUACCUACGGGCCAACCAGUUCAAGAUCGUCAUCAUGAGACCACUCUUGUUCUCGUCGCAGACGCUCCAGGCCAACCUCGAACACGUCCACAAAAUCGUCCACCUCGCCACCGACAACAUCUCGACCAUUGUGACCAUGAAUGAGAGACACGGCUUGUACGAGAAACAACAACCACUACUCAAUUUGUUCUUGUCUUCUGCCUUGUCCACCUUGUUUCUCAUCUACGUCCACUUGAUCUCGAACCCACCACAGCAACAGCAAACGAAUAACGACCCCCCUCAACCGCAACAACGACCAGAAUUCAUCAAGGACGUCCAGCAAGGAAUCAACAAAGGUUUGGAGUUGUUACGAAUCUACUCAUACUGUCGCUCUUCGCAGCGUCUGUCCAACAAAUUCGCCACGCUCUUACACCGGUUGGGUUUUUCAAAGUCGACACAACAGCAACAGCAACUACAAUCUCAUUCUGGUGGUGUAGAGAACAACACCCAACAACUGUCACAGCCUCAUGUGAACCCUUCACACUCGCCCGCCGACGGCAUGACCAAAGAUAUGGUCAUGGUUGGAGCUACCGACUCCUCGUCCAACUCCGGCUCUCUGUCCUCGGGGACGGCUUCGUUUGAAUUCUCGAGCUGGAAUUGGUCCAACUUUUUACCCAUGGGGAGCAGCCCAGGUGGUGUUUCCAACCCGCCGGGAUUUCAAUUCCAGCCCACGAACAAUCACCACGAUUUCGCUUCCUUUUCGUACCCGGAGUUGAACCCGAUCCCCGUAGUACCGCCCAACGGCACAGGUCAAUUCAACGACGACAUGCUCUUGACAUUUAUCAAUGAUUUCUCUUAGCAAAGGGUUUGACCACAAGUAUGAGUUGAUGUGGAUGGGAAAUAUGAAUAUGACUGUUUCGAUUUUUGGGUUCGAUGGAGAAUUAAAUGAUUGACCCAUCCAUGAGAUAAUACGGUAUUGGUUCGUUGGACGUUUUUUAAUCUAUAAAAAUCACGAGCAUGUAACAUGUAGAACACGAAAUAAAUCUCAUCAUGAU